AUGGCCUCGCAUGACCAGAAUUCGCUGAACAUACGGACGCUAAGAAGCGACGAGGCCGAAAUUAGUCUCCACCCAAACGUAUCCAAUGAUUCAUCUGCUAUACCGAGAUCCUCAGGCAGCUCGGAUCAGUUCGAAAUGCACCCCCUGCAGAGACCAAUCGACCCUUUACUUAGCUCCCAGUGCUCUCCAGUGUCGAAUCACAGCUCUGGGGAAGACAUCGAACAACAAUCAAGCUCGGACUUGGAUGAAAGCAGCGAUGAUGAGCCAUCAAAGCCAAAGCGCCCGGAAUGGCAGGACCCUGUGCGUUGGUGUGCAUGGGCUAAUGUCGCAGUCUUGCUCAUCAAUAUUAUCUUCCUUGCCGUCGCUCUAGGAGUUUCUGCGAACGGCGUGAGCUUCGACUCAGUUGUGCUAUCUCGCGGUUCUAGAGAAGCAAUCGACAGAGCCAAGACCGGACUCCAUCUUCUCGUCAACGUGCUAAGCGUUACUCUAACAGCUACUAGCAGCUACUGCUGCCAUAUUGUCCUAGCGCCGUCUCGCAAGGCUGUCGACGAGGCUCAUUCGCAGCGCGUCUGGCUCACUAUCGCCACAUUUGGUCUUCAAAACUUCUCCAAAGUCAGCUGGAAACGCAAGUUCUUCUGGUUGCUACUUACAGCGACAUCGCUCGCAAUACAGCUCAGCUACAACUCAGUCGUCUACUCGUCUCAAAAUGUCAACACAUACUCAGCAAUUAUCGCACCCGAGGCCUUUGUCUCAAACACGAGCAUGCCUACACAUGAUUUUAAUGUCACAUCGUGUUUCAAAACUCUUGCGGGCCAUGACGCAGACGACCUCCGAGACAAAAUUCUCGCUGAACGCUUCCAGCGCUUAUCUGUUACGGAUUGCCUCAACGAAUAUGCUGUUGAUUUUCUAUCAGAUCGACGCACUGUCAUUGGCAUUACUUCGGACUCAAAUGCUAAUAACUCGCUGUACUUUAGUGGAUACGGCUAUCCAAAUAAUCUUGCCUCGAUUAAUUAUAAAACAGAUCCAAACCAUGCAGCACUAUCGACAAGCUCGGAAGAUGCCAUCAAAGUGGCUAAUGAUGGAUCAGGUAUGGGUCACGAUUGGAUAUGUGAUGGAGAUAUCGGGUCGAUGGAUCGGGAACUCAUUUGCCAUCCUGAAUAUCUCACAACGGACCAUCAUCCAUUUAAAAUGGUGGCCCAAGUUGAGAGCAACAGGGAUAGCUUCGACCUAGCUCUCCAUACGAGCAGUUGCGACGUUCGUCCAACCACUUUUGGUUUAGACCUUAAUUUUACAAUCGAUUAUUGCUUGAGCGAAAACAGCGUGGAAAACUACCAGCUAAUUUUCUACGUCCCCAUCGCCGUGGCUGUGAUCAUCUGUAGCCUGGUCAAGCUGAUUUGCAUGUUUCUGAUUGCCUACGAGGAUCGACAUGACUUAUUCUUGACUAUUGGCGACGCUAUCUCCUCCUAUCUUCAGCGCCCCGAUCCGACCACGGCAAACCGCUGCAUGUUAUCACGCUCAAUGGCCAUCCCUCCAUCCCGGGCGUUUUUCAGAAAGGUAGUGGACGAAUAUCACUGGACUUCGAGUUUCCCAAGCCACCCAAGAAUGGACCUCCCAGCGUUACCCCCUCCUCCGUUUCCCCAGAAACCUUCUGAGUACUCUCAGCUUCAAAACUUUUCAACUGGGCUUCAACUUCCUCGCCGAUGGAAAAAGGCCCAGAGUCAUUUUAUAUGGGCUUUUACCACGAUCAUCCUAGUCGUGUACAUUGCCGGUAUUCUUGCGCUCUCCUACGCGCCAAAGAUCGAAGCCAGAUCGGUUCCUCGGAGCGCUUAUGAUGGUGUUGAUCCCUUUCAAAUCAAAGGUUUUGGCAAGAUGAACCCCGAAGCUUUGUUGCUUAAGCUUCCCUCCAACUAUGUGACUCUCGAGAUCCUCAUUAACGCUCCGCAGCUCAUAGUGUCUGUCCUCUACUAUCUACUCAACGAUGCGUUGACAAGGAUGCUAUUGGCUGUGGAGUACAACAAGUAUGCGCUUGGCCACCGCCGGCUACGAGUUUCCUUCCCGCGGGGACAGCAACGAUCAACAUUCUAUCUCACCAUUCCGUAUCGCUACAGCGCACCAUUACUUCUGGCAUUCGUGCUGAUUCAUUGGCUCAUCUCGGAAGGGUUCUUUUUUGUUGAGAUAGUCCCAAUGGAUUUUCAUGGAAAGGAGAUACAAGGUGCAAAAGUCUUGACGGCCUGUGUCUCGGCUAUUCCCCUUCAAGUCGGGCUUUACUUGACUAUAUUGAUGGUGGCUGCUGUCAUAUGGGUGGGGUUCAACAGAUUUGCGGCGCCUCUUAUGCCAAUGGCAAUCAAUUGCAGUGCUGCUAUUAGCGCUGCUUGUCACCCUCCACCGGGUGAUAUGAAAGCGGCAUUUAAGCCUGUCAUGUGGGGCGAGGUCGACAUGCCUGUCGCUGGGGACGGUCAGUGUGAGCAAUAUCGUCAUUGCUGCUUCACUUCGAAAGAGGCGAAGCCCCCUGACCCAGAUAAGGAAUAUGCCUGA